AUGCAAACGCCCCAAUUAACGGUGAUAUCAAGUAGCACAACACCGCCAAUGGUGGAAGACGUCAGCGUCACACUGACUUACUCACAACCGCCACCGCUAAACCAGAUAGCAGGUGAACAACCGGUGGUUUUCCAGACACCACCACUUAACCAGAUGGCAGACGAACAACUGGUGGUUUUCCAAAUACCACCACUAAAUCAGAAGGUGAGAAACCAAACAAUGGCUUUCCAAACACCCCCGUUCGCAACAAACAUACAUUUCUCCAACACAAUCCCACAGUACCAACAACUUGUGACCAAUAACCCCCUUGCACAAAACUCACCCCUACUGUCCACCCAAAAGUUAACCUUCCCAUUCUCACAACAAGCAUUCUAUGGGCCAAACCCUGGCCACUCUCCAACAUAUAACAACAUGCUCGUGCAACCUUACAUCACUGCCCAGUAG